CCACCGGCUUGCGAUAUUGAGACUACGGAGCGGAGCGCAUGUAGAUAUUGGCUGUGGCAAAUUCUACGCGAGCAUGCUCUCGAUUGUGGCUUGUUGGUUGCAUGUGAACCGCGUCGAUUGUCGAGGCCUUCCAACAUGACCUCCGACCCAUUUCUCUCGUCAAGCUCAACAUGGAAUCCUUUCCAGAUAUUCAUUUCUCGCUGCUGGAGAGGUCAAUGGCCGGCCUGAACAAGCUCACUACAAUUAUCCGGCAUCAAUCAUUGUACUGUACACCGGUCUGUUGCAUGCUGACGCGAGCUAAGACCUUAGAGCUUACAGUACAUGCAACAAGGCACAAUCAGCCCCACGCGAUAAGCACAUGGGAUGUAAUCCAAUUUACGUCCUGUCAAUGUGCCUCAGGCAUGUUUGCUAUGCUUGACUGCAAUAUUACGACGAGUUGCGAUAAUGUGCAAGUUGGUGUUGCUCAAGAAUGGCGAGUAGUGUUGAUCCCUAGGGUCCCUUCCUACACCAGCGUCGCUUCGCUGUUCUUAGGGGUCCAAGUGAAGGAUUACGAUCUCAUGCGCGGGGAGCCUGUGGCUUGCAGCACUGUGCUGUACAGUAGUUCGAGACUCGACCCAUGCCUGGGGAGCGAGAUAGGCAACAUUGCACAGGAUCUGUCAAAUCGACAGCCAACACUUGCCCAACCUGGAGCGCGGGCCGGACAUCUCACGUCCAUCCCACCGCCUGUGCAGCCGCAGUUCGACACCGUGCCUUGUAGGGCUGAUCACUGUAUCCAACAUGCAAACCCCAGAAUGAGUUUGCGUAGCCUCAAUCCGGACAUGGCAACGUGGGAUUUCUGCAUAAGCACCUUAACGCUCGACAUGGCAAGGUGAAAGGCGGUGCUCAAAGGCUUCAGGAUCCAUAAUCCUAUCAGGGCAGUCCGUCUGGGAUAAUGGUCCGAGACAUCAUGUUUGGAUGCCUAUGGUGCGAGGGUAUGUGUAAGUUGAGGUAAGCGCUAAGUGGCAGCCACUGUUGUAGCUAUGUGGUGAAUAGCUCUUGAGCUUCGUCAAAACUAGCUUGUGUACUCGAAGG